UUUUUACAAUUUUUUUUUAGCUAAUUUCUUUUAAGUUCACUGGGACGGGUCUGCCAGGAGGAUGUCCCGCCAAACCCUAUAUCUCCGCACGACUGCCGCAGCGUUUACUCUGGUCUCUUCCCCGCCGCCAGAGAAGCCAUCUUGUUCGGCGUUGUCGCUGCUUCGUCGGUCACAGGGCCAAGGAGCUGCCACUGUCACCGCUUCAAUACUCAUAUUCUACUAAGAUGCCAAAGUCGAAGCGUAACAGGCCAGUUACCUUGUCGAAAACAAAGAAGAAAGGGAGGGAGCAUAAGGAAUCAAUAGUGAAUGCAAUAAGGCAGGCUGCAGAAAACUACAAUUCAGUUUAUGUUUUUACUUUUGAGAACAUGAGGAAUGUCAAAUUCAAGGAAUUUAGAGAGCAGCUCAAAUCUACCAGCAGGUUUUUUCUUGGAUCAAACAAAGUCAUGCAGAUUUCCUUAGGUCGAUCUGUUGCUGAUGAAAUUAGACCAGGCAUUCAUAAAGUUUCUAAGCUUUUGCAGGGAAAUUCUGGCCUUUAUUUUACUAACUUGCCCAAAGAAGAGGUCCAAAGGAUGUUCAAUGAAUACGAGGAGUAUGACUUUGCAAAGACAGGAAGCAUUGCAGCUGAAAAGGUGCAUCUUGAAGAAGGUCCUCUUGACCAGUUUACGCAUGAGAUGGAACCCUUUUUGCGCAAGCAAGGAAUGCCUGUUCGGUUGAACAAAGGAGUGGUGGAGCUUGUUUCAGAUUUUUUUGUUUGUGAGGAAGGGAAGCCAUUAUCGCCCGAGUCUGCUCGUAUACUGCGUCUUCUGGGAUUCAAAAUGGCUACCUUCCGACUUCACUUAAUAUGCAGGUUGAGCCCUGGGGAUUUCGAAGUUUAUAAAGAAGGGCUAGAUGUUUCAGAUGUUGACUCUGCAUAAGACCACAUUUUGGGUGUAUGCAUCUAAAGUCCUUUACUGUUGAGGUGCUGCUGUGAGUUUUAGUGUGGGUCAUAUGAUUUUGUCCUUUUAGUGUUUUUGAGCUACUGCACUUAUUUUUGCCCUAGUUUGUGGUGUGGUAAAAUUUUGUAACAGAACGACUGGUGUUCAAAAUGUCUUGUUGAGUAUCGUAGGAAUUCUCCAUUUCUUUUUUUUUUUUGGAAAGCUGUUUGGUAGAAAAUUUUUGUAAUCCUAUGAUCACAAUUGGAAAUUUGUAUCAAACUUCUUUAAUUUUUCAUGAGGUUAAAAAUUCAAUC